AUGUACAAAGUAACCGCAUCCUCAGCCACAUCAGCCAUCCGUCGAUUCUCCACAAACUCCCGCGUCUUGGCCAACUACGGAUUCGUCGGUUUGGGCCAAAUGGGUCAACACAUGGCCAGACACAUUUACAACCAAUUAGAAGUCGACGACAAAUUGUACGUUUACGACACUGUCCCCGCAUCAGUUGACAAUUUCGUGUCAACAGUUACGCAACAAAAUGCCACCAACAGCGACAAAUUGGUUACUUUACCCGACUUGAAGAGCUUUGUCACUGGUGUGGAUGGGCAAUUGGACUUCAUCGUCACUAUGGUCCCCGAGGGAAAACACGUUAAGGGCGUAGUUGAAGAUAUCGUCACUAGUUUUGAACAAAAUGGAUACAGCCCCGAUUACAAAACCACCAUUAUCGAUUCAUCGACAAUUGACAUUGCAACCAGUAGACAAGUGCACAAGUACGUCAAGGAAACUUUACCCGAGUUUGACUUUAUUGACGCGCCAGUAAGUGGAGGUGUUGCCGGUGCCAGAAAGGGAACAUUGUCAUUCAUGUUGAGUAGAGAAACCCACCAGGACGUGUCCCCAGCAUUGACCACCUUGUUGAACAAGAUGGGUAAAAACAUCUUCCCAUGUGGUGCCACCCACGGUGCCGGAUUAGCCGCCAAGUUGUCAAACAACUACUUGCUCGCAGUAACAAACAUUGCUGUUGCCGACUCGUUCCAAUUGGCCAAGGCAUUUGGUCUCAAUUUGCAAAACUAUGCCAAGUUGGUGGCAGUUUCCACCGGUAAGUCAUGGGCCUCCGUCGACAACUGCCCCAUCCCCGGCGUUUACCCAGAAAACAACUUGCCUGCUGAUGUAGGAUACCAAGGCGGGUUCAUUACAAAGUUGACGAGAAAAGAUGUGGUUUUGGCUACUGAUUGCGCCAAGGACCAAGGAAGAUUUUUGUUCUUGGGUGAUGCUGGUAGAUACUGGUAUGACAAGGCUUGUGAACGUGAGGACAUAGCUAAUCGUGAUUUGGCCGUCUUGUAUGAAUGGUUGGGAGAUUUGAAACAAGAGGCUGAUGGAACCGUUGUUGAUACUAAAGUAUCCAAGUAG